AUUUACAGAGUCAUAAGAUCUCAAUUUACCUGAAUAAUCAUGGCUUCUUUUCUUUCCUCUCACGGUCUUCUUCUCAUUGCCGUAUUAAUUUAUUCACUUCAAUUUACCUUGGCGGCAAAACUUGAUAAAUCGGUGUUUCCAUACCAUGCAGGCCCUCUACUUUCCGGCAACAUCCCCGUUAAUCUAGUUUGGUAUGGAAAGUUCACUCCUGAACAACGCAGAAUAAUGUCAGAUUUCAUCGCCUCUCUUUCGAACCCAACACCGGAGCAGCCCUCUGUUGCGUCAUGGCUGAGAUUGACAGAUAAAUUUUACCACGCUGCCACGUUUCCUGUUUCUCUUAAUCUUUCGUUGGGCGCAGAAGUCCUCGAUGAGAAUUACUCUCUGGGCAAAUCGCUCACCAGCGCCCAGCUUUAUGAGCUGGCCAAGAAGGGUGGCGAGGACCUGGUGCUUAAUGUGCUUUUGACAGCCGCAGAUGUAACAGUCGAAGAGUUUUGCCGGGGCAGAUGUGGAACACAUGCUUUGGGCACCGGACCCGUCAGUGGUAAGAAAAACAGCAACAGCAAGUUUAAUUACAUAUGGGUUGGAAAUUCAGAGACUCAGUGCGCAGGUCUCUGCGCAUGGCCCUUCCACGAGGCAGCCAAUGGGCCUAAGACUCCACCAUUGAAGGCACCCAACGGUGAUAUUGGCCUUGAUGGCAUGGUGAUCAACGUGGCUAGCCUUAUGGCUGGAACUGUUACAAAUCCUUUCGGAAACGGCUUCUACCAGGGUCCCAAAGAUGCACCGCUGGAGGCUGCCACCGCUUGUCCUGGAGUUUUUGGAAAAGGGGCUUCCCCUGGAUUCGCCGGAACCUUGCUGACUGACUCUAAUACUGGUGCCAGCUACAAUGCCAAUGGUAUUAAUGGCAGAAAGUUUUUGCUUCCGGCUUUGAUGGACCCUGAGACUGCAAAUUGUGCCACUCUAGUUUGAGAGAUGAUAUGGCAUGCAUUUAUUUAUAGUUAUCCAUACACCGGAUUCUUUCCACUUCUAUUUUCAUUUAUUCAAUUUUGUGUUGCAUUACAAGUUCAAAUAAUGAAUCUGGAGAUUGUACUUCCGUUCUAAUGGUUCCUCUUGUUAGUUUUAUAAAUAAAUGUUUUAGGUUUUUUCAGAGACAUAA